AUGAGUUGGGGAUAGCCAGAAUAAGCACCUUAGCAAGAAUAAUCUUGGGGUAAUACUGAAUCAACAUGGGGCAAUAAUGGUGGUGACUAAUAGUAAUAGGAUAAUAAACCUGCUUGGGGAGGAGAAUCAAAUGAUGGUUAGGAGAAUAGGGAAUUCAGAGGAAGAGGCGGAAGAGGAGGCAGAGGUGGAAGAGGAGACAGAGGAGGAAGAGGAAGAGGAGGCGGUGAUAGAGGAGGACGAGGAGGCAGAGGUAGAGGAAGAGGCAAUGAUGAAAACAAGGAGGAAGGAGAGAUCAAACCUAAAACUGAAAGCGGAGGCUGGGGAUAGUAGACAUCAGAUGGAUGGGGUUAAACUUAGUAAGAGAAUAAAGAACCAGCUCAAGGGUAAUCCGAUGGUAAUAAUUGGGGGGGAGGAGCACCUACUGAGAAUGCUGGAGGAUGGGGAUAAUCGAAUAAUGAAGCUCAAGGGUGGGGUGGAAAUUAAGAAAAUAAUAAUAAUCAGGAUGGUUAAUAGGAAUAAUAGAAGGGUAAGGGGAAAGGAAGAAAGAGAGAUUCACCUCCUCCUGCGAAGAGAGUUAGGCCUAAUCCAAUAGUGAUUACAGUAGAAGAUGAAGAGGAUAGUGAAACUUAACAUGUUAUAAUAAAUGAAUAUCCAGUGUUGCAAAACAAGUAGAAGGGACUGAUCAAGAGUGAGGAAUAGUAAAUAUGUUUUGAAGGUAAUUUGAAGAUAGAUGAAAAUAAUAUGAGUGCAUAAUUCGUUAGUUUUGAUACCGAAAUAAAAGUUAAAAUUGAUUAAAUCGAAGAUUACACAAUAGAGAAUUCAAAGGAUUUACUGAAAACUAUUGGAGAUUCAAUAAUAGUAGGAAUAGUUCAAGGUGUUGACAAGGAUAAUCAGAAGGCUAUAAAUAAAUUAGCAGACAAUCUUUUGGAUAAGCAACAGUCGAUUCACUUCAAAGAUGUCAGUCUAUUUAGCAUCAAAUAAUUGUAUAAGGGAGAGAGUACUUCAAGAUUGGCAUUCGUCAAGUAGAUUUAAGGGUGAUGAUUAUGGAUAUUA